CCAUAAAGAUGGGCGUGGCUGCCUCUCAUUAAAUGGCUACAGUUGAUGAAACGUCUUCUCUUGGCUUUGAUGUGAGAUUGCAGCGUGUGGAUAUGACAUCCAGUGAAGGAGACCUAGGCUCUGUACUCUCUGGCAGUAGCGAGGGGUUCGUAUCAGCCCAAGCCACGCCUACCGUCAGUAUCAGAAAAGGAUAUUCUGAUGCUGAUGAUAAUCAUUCAGUAUCGGCUGUUUCUGCUGACUCAGCAAGUUUUCAUACACCAGAGCCGUAUGAAAUGUCCAGUCAAGAUGAGGAAGAUGUUGACCUUUCGGUAGAGAUCCCUGAUUUUGAAGCCCUCCCCACUAAUACUUAUGGCAUUGAGACCACAGUGACACCCACGAACGUGUCUAUCCCAGAGCUGCCCAAACUGGCCCUGGCCGAGGGGGUGAGAGGGGGUGUGGCAGAGAAGGGACCUCUGGACAAAGAGUACACAGGUCAAUAUCACAGGGAGAGUCGACAGCUGGUAUCCAAUGGUGCCACUAACGAGCGAACACCUCUCCUCCACUCAAACACAGACACUGAGAAUAACAGUUGUUGUGUAUUACUGUGAUACUGACCACUCUCUAUAUACUCGUUGUGUGUCCCUGUGUUUGCACUAUAAUUAUACAUGUUUGUAUUUUUUGACAAAAGAAUUUAUAAUUA